UCUUUAAGGGGAGAAUUUUCCUUGGGGUAUUGAAAAAUGUCUUUGGCUGACAAGAGGCUUGAAAACCUCCAGAUCUAUAAAGUUCUCCAGUGUGUCCGCCAGAAGGACAAGAAACAGAUCGAAAAGCUCACCAAGCUUGGAUACCCUGAACUCAUCAAUUUUACCGAGCCAGAAAAUGGAGACAGUGCCCUUCACUUGGCUUGUGUGGCCAACGACAUUGACAUGUGCAACUUUCUUUUGGAGCUUGGUGCUCACCCCGAUGUCCAAGACCGAAUGGGGCGCACUCCCGUGAUGAAAGCGGCGGAACUUGGCCAUGACUUGGCCUUGGAUGUGCUCGUCCAGGCUGAGGCAGACAUGACCAUAGUGGACGCAGAAGGAAAAGGAGUGCUAUUUUAUUGCAUUCUGCCCACCAAACGGCACUUCCGCUGUGUUCAGAUGGUCCUCGAAUUUGGAGCGGAUGUUAACAACUGUACUUUUGAGGGGAAGCCAGUUUUCGUAGAAGCCUGUGAGCAAGCCCACGAGAUCAAAGAGAUAUGUAUGACAUUUUUGGAAAGAGGAGCAGACCCCAAUGCAACAAACCCAGCAACGGGCCGCACUGCCCUGAUGGAAGCAGCAAGAGAAGGGGUUUUAGAGGUGGUCCGGGGUAUCCUGGAGAGAGGUGGGAAUGUUAAUGUUUUUGACAACGAGCGACACCAUGCUGCCCAUUUUGCUGCCAAAGGAGGGUUUUUUGAGAUACUGAAGAUUAUUUCUGCUUACAAUGGAGAUGUGGGCCUUAUAGCCAUGAAUGGAAAUACACCUCUUCAUUACGCUGCUGCUGGAGGUUUUGCAGAGUGCUGCAAGUUUAUCGGUCAAAGAGGUUCUGACCCUACUUGGAGAAACUUAGAGAAGAAGGUUCCAAGACAGGUUGCUAAAGACGGGGGGUUCAAAGCAGCUGCAAAGGAGAUACGUAAAAUUGAGCGGCGGUUUGCAAAGUUUUCCAAACCCAAACCUGGAGUUAAGGACCCCAAUCCACCCUGGGCUAUCAGGUUGCACGAUUGGUCUGGAGAAAAUCAGGCAAGCCUUCGGGAAACGUUUGAGCCAUAUGAUCGAGGAGAUGGGACUGUGACCAAGGAAGAUUUUAUAUCCAUUAUUGAGGAAAGGUAUCCGUUUAUUGAGCCAGAGCAGCUACAAACAAUAGCUCAGGCUCAUGAGAAAACACGUGCGGCGGGAGUUAACAUUGAAGAAUUUCUGAAGGGCAGCCGGUAUCUGCAGAAGGCCUUCCUCCUUGGAAGUUAUGGUCCAAAGAAGAAGAAGCCCAAGAAAGCAAAAGGCAAAAAAGGAAAAUUUGCCAUGCCGAUGCCAAUCUGCGUCAUUCCAGAGAGCUCUCGGCCCCGUCGGACAGACGGGGGGCCCCCAGAAUACAUGAUUGAAACUUAUCAAAAUGUAACUGACUGCACGCGGUUCAAUCGGGAUCACCCUCCCGAACAUCCAUUGCAGGAUGAUUCCUGGUGGUAUAUUGAAGAUCCACCAAAGACCUUUGCCAACAUCAAUUACCUUGCCAAAGAGGGGGACCUUUCCUCUAUCAAAAAAGCAUUUGAGGCCGGGGUGCCGGUAGACAUCAGAGACCAUUUCUAUAAGACUCCGUUGAUGGCUGCCUGUGCAAGUGGCAACAUGGAAGCAGUGCAGUUCCUUCUCGAAAAGGGGGCGAGUGUGAAUACCACAGACAAUUUCAUGUGGACUCCUCUCCAUCAUGCAUGCCACGCAGGGCAGCAAGACAUUGCUGAACUCCUUGUGAAAGCUGGUGCCACAAUAGACGCCGUUUCAAUCAAUGAUGGAACCCCACUGAUGAGAGGUAUCGAGAGCAGCCGCUUGGACACCGUGCAGUACUUAAUCAACAGUGGUGCUAAGGCUCAAAUGACAAACCGAAAAGGACAAAACUCGCUGGAAAUUGCCAGGGCCUAUGCAGACAACCGACUGAUCCACUUCAUUCAAGAUACCUUGGACCGCUUGCCACAAGUCAUAGAAGUCAAAGGGGAUAAAAAGAAAGGGAAGAAAGGGGGCAAGCCUAAAGCUCCUUCUCCUACUCCUACUCCAGCUCCAUCAGCCCAGGCUGCAGCUGCUCCCAAGCCAAAAUCUGAAGAAUACUCAAAGGAGUCGGUGAAAGAGGAGAUGCUACAACCCCUUGAUUCUAUUGUUGAGAAAUCACUCUUUGAAGAAGAGAAGGAAUCCCUCAAGGAUAAUGUAGUUCAUCUGAAUUCCCUGAUAACCAGAGGAGCAACAAAGAAACUUAAUAUCACUUUCACACCACAGAGAACCUGGAGUCCUGAAGCAACCACAAAAGAUCUUCUCAAAAAGAGGGAAUUACGUCGGCAGCGUUUCACCUAUGAAGUGGACUUUGAUGAUUUCAUGAUGCCAUUCAAGAAGAAUUUCAUGGAGAAAGUCCGUACACUGCAACAGAGCGCUGCUUUGCAUUAAUCACGAUGGAUGUUUAAAAAGUGAAUGGGAGGGGACCUCCCUCUCAAGAAAAAAUGCUUUUGAGAGGCUUAAAUCAUGUUUUUUUUUCUAAUUAUGGCGAAAGUUUUAUUUUCUUCUUCCUUAGUUUUUAGCACAGGGCAUCUUAAACCAGAGAAAAAUUGGAAAAUAAUCCAUCUUUUCCUGUAAUAUGUUGCACUGAAUCCUAUUGGGCUGGGGUUGCAUAUUAGCCCCAAUAAAUAACUAAUUGGUCUCUCCUGUUCAAUUGGAUCUUAAUUCAUCCCAUUCCUUAGAAAAAAGAUUCUCUCCAGCUGUGGAAACUUGAAGCUAAUUAUUUCUGGUGCUAUAAAUCCGAGUGACUGAAUAAGGUGUCUUGAUAGUUCAAAUCUAGGGCAGCUGAAGGAUUUGUGCAAAUCCACUGAAUUUUCCCUUGAGACUCACACCCUGGAAGACUGUAAGAUAGGUCUUUUUUUCUGUUAAGGUAUAUUUAGAACAGAAAGAUGCUUGGUUUUAACAAUGCAGGAGAGAGAUUGAUUUUGAUCACAGCCCUGUGCCAGAUUGUUGUAAACAAAUAAAGGAGAAAUUAUUCCAGGUUUUUAACGGGGAGGAGAUUUCAGUUGUUUAGGAACAGGUUCCUACACGUUCAAAAGAUUUCUUUAUUGCCUUUCGUGGCUGUGGUAAAACGGGGGUAUUUUCAUAUUGUUUGGGUCAGUCACGAUAUAUCAGUAAUAGC